ACUUUCCGAACAACCCAAUAAUUUUUCUCGAGGCAUGUAAGACCUUUAUCAUGUAUGUAAAUCUACGGGUUACCUAGUCAAUUUACAUAUUGAUGCGGAUAAAUAUACGCUGCCGGGUAAAAGUACAUAUUAGGAGGUAAACUUAGCCAAUCAAAUCGUCUAAAUUCAAUCACGUGAUUCUCACGCGUCUUCUUGCUUGAGAACAAUGCCAAACCCGUCGAAAUAUGUCCAGCAUAGACGACCCAGCGUGGUGCAUAAUUAGUUGUUGCGGGUGUUUGGACGUUGAAGAUUCAGGCAAUCUCUGGAGCUGACUUGCCUCAGUCUGGUGCUAUCGAAUUGACGUGAAAGAAGGUGAUGUCGGGUUUGGCACGUUCGAAAAGCCGGGCGUGAUGGUCGACGGCGAGCGACGAGCCAGUGUCUCCCCAUGGGCGUCCUAACCAGAAAAGAGCCGUGAGUCACGCCACGGUAGCACCCUGGUUGCACCGUAAAGAGUGUUAAUAUUCCCGUUCUAAAUUUAACCUGGUUGCGAGGAAAUCCGCGCUCGGUAAUCGGAUAGGUUCGCCAUGAUUUCAACAGCUGUCGCACGCGGGCCCGAUGCCUACGACCCCGACGUCCCGUGCGUUCAGGUCCGUCUCGGCGGUCUUAGGAAGAUUGAGGUUAACGCAUCGCGAGGAACGCCCGUAGCCGCCUUCUAGCUGGGCCCUCGACGACAUUCAUGAGUCGACGGGCGUCGCUUUUCGCCGCUAUGCAUCCAAGGAACUAGAAUACCAACGAUCGGAUUUAAGGCACAACCAUGGAUAGUCCAGGAUAUUCCAAACCCCUGAAAAUGAGUUCUUCAAUGUCUUUGUUGCAACCCUCUGUCAGUAGUCCAGAGAGCCCAAAGCAUGCGAAGACGAGAGCAGGUCAUCCUUACAACAGCCUUACAAAGAGAAGGAAAGACUUGGAGCACAGACACUGGUUACGAAUUUCUGGAAGCCGAGAAGAGAGUAAAGACGACUUUUGGGCAGCAAUUCAAUCCAACUACAAUUAUAUUAUGAAUACUAAUUUAAUUGAUACCUGCAAGGAUGCCAAUGGAGACUUGGCUUGGGAUGAGAGUGACGUCUCAACCCUUCCUUGGGGUUUAAAAGAAGUCAGCGGUCAAUUUUCAGAACUAUAUUCCUGGUUAGAUGUCCUUCAAGAGUUAAUCUACUCUAAAGAGGAGAAUCUUUUGGACAGAAGUCUUCGCGCAGCUCACAUGGAGGAGCUGCAACGUAAGGCAUACCGAAGAAGACUGUUUAACGAGCAAGCAGCAAAAUUAAUGUCUCGAACGCCAACUUUGAAGGACGAAGUUGCAUGGCGUGUCGAUCAUUUGAACACAAAGUGGGAAUUAGUUGAGCAGAUCAUGGCACCAGUAUCGGACCAGCCUGUGUCCAAUCAACAGGACGUUUCGGCAGAUUUUGAGCACGAGGCGAAGUGUUUGAGAAAAUGGUUACAUAAGAUGGAAUCACGUCUUCAGCCACUGAAACUUCGUGCAGAUUGGUCUCGGUUCGAUCUUGAGGAAAAAGCGAUGGAACAUAUGGUAAGUUUUGUUAUUCUGUAUUUACAGUUAAUAUCGUUUCAGCGAAUUUCAGUCAAAGGAUCUCGCAAAUGAAGACUUAUACAUCUUGUUUAUCGCAAUUUGCCAUUGCAGGUAACGUACACAUUCAUGACGGUAUCAAUUACAGUAUAACUUGUAGACCGUUAUGUUUAUUAAAAAAGCGAGAUUAGUAGUAGUAGAGUAAGUACUUUUCCUUGAAUUUCAAUUGGUUAAAAUCUAAUAAAACUUGUUUAUUUUGUUUUGUUAACGUUAAACAUACUAGAAAAUGUUACUUCGUGGUAUAAUUCAUGUUUUAAUCGUUAAUCGCAAAGGUUAUGACUGAUCAUGACACAUGAGUUUACAUAACGUUAUAUAUACUGUUACAUGCAUUAUAAUUUUGACACAUGCAAUGCUACGGGAAGAACAUUUUUUUCUGCAUAGCAAAACAUGGCGAAAUAGGAUGUAUUUGUUAUUUUUUCAGAGGAUGAAAAUGUACAGAGAUGUAAGGUAGGUUUAACAUGCAAAUUGCAUUUUUUAUGUGCAGUCAAUUUACUUGUGAAAUAACAUUUUUAGUGUAUUCUUCGUCGCAUAAAAUUAGAAUUCUAUGCGGAUGAACUGGGUCAGACUCAAUGUAGUAGACAGACGGUAUCUGUACAUGUUGUGAAGCACCCAGUGGUGUC